GUCCGCCGCUUCAUUCUCGCGGCGGCGGCCAGUGGAACUAUGAAUCUAUGGGCCACUGCCAACCCACUCUGUAAGUUGGGCCCACAAGGGUUAGGGGCCCACCUGUCAUUGGAUAGUGACAGCAUCAAGGAGGUAGGCAAGGCAAGUGCGCAACCACUGCUUGGAUUCUCACGAGCCGGGGCACCACCAACACCCACCCGUUCGUCCCCUCUUGGAUUCUCACGAGCCGGGGCGGCGCCGCGCCUUCUUCCCUUCGAAUCUUUUGGCACAGGUGUAUAUGAUACUGGUAUGGCUGAUCUGAUCCACGUACGUGCCAGCCCGAGGCAUUCGCUGUCUGUUCAUCGUUCAUCUUCAGUUCGACCACCACCGGCUUCACAAGUGACAGUUCGGUUUACCAACCCAUUGUUUUGUUCUGCUAAACUUCACAAGGCUCGUCCUUUGGUGGCAGCAGCACUUGAGGUUUCCAAGGACUCCUCCUCAACGGGUCUGGCCAAUCGCCAGCCUUCCAAAGGGGUUAUUGAAACCUGGCGCAAUGCCGAUGCAGUAUGUUUCGAUGUUGAUAGUACGGUCUGCCUGGACGAGGGUAUUGAUGAGCUCGCUGAUUUCUGCGGUGCUGGGCAAGCCGUUGCCGAGUGGACAGCAAAGGCAAUGACAGGAACUGUUCCGUUUGAGGAGGCAUUGGCAGCCAGGCUGUCCUUGAUCAAGCCAUCUCUGUCCCAAGUUGAGGAGUGCUUAGAGAAGAGGCCGCCAAGGAUUUCUCCUGGAAUGGCUGAUUUGAUUAAGAAGCUAAAAGCUAAUAAUACUGAUGUGUUCCUUGUGUCAGGAGGCUUCCGACAAAUGAUCAAGCCUGUGGCAUUUGAGCUUGGCAUUCCUCCUGAAAACAUCAUUGCAAACCAACUACUCUUUGGAACUUCUGGAGAAUAUGCUGGAUUUGACCCCACAGAGCCCACUUCAAGGAGUGGGGGUAAAGCACGAGCAGUGCAACAAAUAAGACAGGACCACGGUUAUAAGACUAUCAUUAUGAUUGGAGAUGGCGCAACUGAUCUUGAGGCUCGGCAACCUGGCGGAGCAGACUUGUUCUUCUGUUAUGCGGGUGUCCAGAUGAGAGAGGCAGUCGCAGCAAAAGCCGACUGGGCCGUUUUCAACUUUCAAGAGCUGAUUGCCGAGUUGCCAUAAGUUGAUUCCUUACAGUUACAGCAAUUCUGAAUCUUGCAUUGUUGACACUGUUUGGCAAAAUAAUUUCAGCCGCUAUUCAAGCUGUAUCUGGUUGCAAGUAUUUGUUAUUUUCAUCACCCCUGUAGCGUACCUCUUUUUUUUUCGCCCCUUUUUUUGAGAUGAUCUUGAACCAUAUAUUUAAUGGUUAUGUUUCGGUAUUGUGAGUGAAGUAUCGAUCUUCUGAGCAA